UUAGACAGUGUGUUUUGAAUUUUUAGAUGAUCAUAAUACAUUAUGGUGUUACUUGUGAUCCUAGCACAUAAUUAUCUUUCUAAUUCUACUUGAGUUUGUUAUUGGCAUAUCAUGAGAUCACAUUUUAUUCUUGGAUUUUUUUUCUCUCUUUCAAGUUAUGUUUCUUUAUUUUCUCUUUGAUGAAUUAGUUCAGUAUUUUUGUUUUUUUGGUGUUAUAAUUGUUUAACUAAUCCAAUUGUGCUCCUGUGAUAACCUAUAUUUCUUGAACUUUAAUAAACUUUUCUACCCAGGGAUGAUCUACGAAAAUCCUUGAUGAAUGUGUAAUUGAAAGUAACAUUAGUUUCUCAAGGGAAAGAUAAGUGUGCAUGAUGUAGUUGCAGAAUAAGAUGGUACAACAAGAACAAAUCCUACAAUCAUGAAGUAACAGUGUUAUCUUAACUUUAGAGUAGGUGACUAGGAUUUGUCUGGUUUGUUUGAGAUCAUAGAUUUUUUUUUAUUUGGUGAAAUUGACUGAGAAUUGAUUAUAAUCAGGCAAAUGUUGGUCAGGAUUGGCGAGACCAUAAAGGAAUUUAGCAUUGUUGACCAAUAUUUAAAUCAUUAGGAUUGUGCCAGAAAUUGAUCUAAAUCAGUUAAAGAUCAGCUGUAACUGAUUGGAUUGGUUGAAUCGAUCUAGGAUUAGCCUAUUUCUUUUUAUCAAUUUUUUACAUAUCAUUGCCAAAAUUCCAUUUUGUGAUAAUUUUAGGAUUUCACUCAGCUAAUUUCAUGAGCUACUGUAUUUAUAUGAUAUUGCCAAGAAGCGGGAGAUGAUCAUGCUUUUGACAUGGUGGUCAUGGAGGCACAUCUUUUGCCAAUAGCUUGGUGAUAACUGGAAGUUGCACAAGAGGAAUAGUUGUUCAGAGGAGAGAACAUCACACAUAAAAGGCCACUGGAGUAGUUGUAUGGUGGGGACAUUCUAUAGGGUUGGAGAAACGAUGAAGGAUGACAGAAUGAGACGGUGAGGACGAUAAGGUUAGUGGCAUUGAGGAUUUGGGUAUUAGCUUUACUCUUUCUUAGUAUCAGUGGCCACACACUCAGUGUCUCAGUUCUCAAAGCCUGGAAACGAUUUGGAGAUUCAAGGCUGUCCUCCAUUUGCUUGAAUUUUCCGUGAGUGGAGGAGGCUUUUGGGUGAUUGCUGUGUGUCUCAUGUGUAGGAAGUAGAGGGUGAAUGUUACUGCAGGUGCCUUGGAGUGCCAGCAGUGAUGUGUGGUUGAGCCAGCUGACACCUUAGUACUUGGCCUUGGUCAGCCAAGGUCGAUGGGCAGCCGGAUUUAAUAAUUAAAGCUGACACCAUCAGAGAUUUGAGUAUUUGACACUGAUUACUUCUUGCAUCAAGUGUUGCAUUUUGACUUCACAAACAUUGAUUGAGCGCGACAGGGAGAUGCAAUUCCUUCUGUCAAAACGGAAAGAUGUUCUAAUCACCAGAGAUGAGAGGAUCAUUUGGUGCAGUUAUUCUCACAGGUUAUGGCAUGGUUGCUUUCUUUCUACCACAUGUGUUUAUCUUGAUCCUUGUUUUGAAAUGUAUACUUAGUUAUUGAAAGAAAAAAGAGCUGCUUAUGCAUCGAAGCAACGAGGUCAGAUGUACACAACCUUAAGUACUCAUUAUCUACAUCUUGGUUUUUACUUUCUUGGUGUUAAAUGAAACUGGAGUGUCUUGAGCGAGAGAGAGAGUCUUGCAAGGACUCGAAAGCCAUGGGAAGUUCUUGUGACAUAUAUCAUCAACUCAGCAUGGAUAGGAUCGAUGGAUAUUGGAUCAGAUGAUUUGGGUGUCGUGCUAUUUGUGAACUUGAAAUGUACCUCUUCUUCCUCGACAUCUGGGCUAUUCUGUAGAACUUGUUCAUCCCGGUCGGAGCGCGUGAGCUUGAGCCCAAGAAAUAGCCUGGAUUGAUGUCAACAGGGUUUGCUUGGCUUCACUUGAGGUGUACACGGAGAGACAAAUGUGAAGACCACAAGUCGUCUUUAAAGAUAAGAGGAAAAUGUCAGGACUAUUAUUCGUGGGUUUGUGGAAGAAUUUUAGUGAGUAACGACUUCCAACAUAAGCGUGUCAAAGGAUUGCGAGGUGCCUUUGGAUCAACUAUUCUGUUCUUUCAACAUAGCUGCAGCUUUCAGAAUAGUCUUCUUUUGAAAUGUUGUGCGGUGACUGGAAGAUUGACAAGUAAAAGCAGGCAGCCACUAUGAACCAGUGCUGCAGGGCUUCCACAGUCUUUGGCAGAAGCUGUGCGCGAAGAGGAGACUUGCUCUCUCCGUUUGCCUAUGGCCGCCACCAAACCAUCAGCCAUCUUUCCUCUGCUGCUGCUACUGCCACUGCUGCAUCUCCUUUCUUCUGGAUUCGCAGCUGCAGGACAAGAAGAUUGCCCUCCAUUCUCCUGUGGGCAGCUCCGGUACGUCAAAUACCCUUUCCGUCGCAAAGAUGAUCCAGCUAUCUGCGGGAACACAACCUACCAACUCAGCUGCGACGCCAACAGAUCUACCAUCAGGAUUGGCUCUGCGGACUACUUCGUCAAUCGGAUAUCGUACGUAUCGUCCGAUUCUAGUUGGAUCCGGCUGGUGGAUCCUAACCUCGCCAAUGGAAGUUGUGGUCUCCCUGCCCAACCCUUACCGCCCACCAAGUUGCCGAUCGCGGGACUCGUUUGCGAUUCAUAUUACUGGGCCAGUUUCGUGAGUUGCAGCAAGACGAUCCAGAACGACACACAGUAUCACCUCCUUUCAUGUCGGAGCCGCAAGGACACGUUUGUCUAUGUCAUCGUAGCCCCAGAAGCAUAUGAACUGCGCUACCUUCAUCCGUGGUGCGAGUAUCUAUCAAUGAUUCCGGUCGCUUAUGAUGCAUUUGUGAUACCACCGAGUUCAGCGAUCGACGCAUUCAGCAUCCUGCAGAAGGGGUUCGAUUUUUAUAUUCCUGGAAGACCUCCUCAUAUUCCUGGAAGCCGUCGUCAGUCGAAAUCUACCAUAAUUCACUGGGAAUCGAUCAUAAUUCACCGAUGUCUGAAAGAAGCCACAAGCAUGUUCUCCGACCUAAUAACCAGCAAGCAGCUACUAUCCAUCGUCUCCUCCGUGGUCAGAAGUGAAUAUUAUUUUGCAGCCUGCGUGGACUACGGCACUUUCAUUUCUGGGAUUACCGUUGCUGCAACCGUACUCAUUCUGAUUGUACAGCUCUUGAUAGUACUGUUGAUCCUAGGCCGCUUCGUGAUCGCGCCGAUCACACUCUGUGUCUUCCUUGCUCACAAACUGUGGGUCAGCCGAGCCUCCGUGGACACCGUGGAGAAGUUCCUCCGCGCUCAGCAAACGCUGACGCCCACCAGAUACGCCUACACCGACAUCGUCGCCAUCACCCGGCACUUCAGGCAGAAGCUGGGCCAGGGAGGGUUCGGAUCCGUGUUCAAGGGCGAGCUCGCCGGUGGCCUUCUCGUGGCCGUCAAACUGCUCGGACACUCCAAAUGCAACGGCGACGAGUUCAUCAGCGAAGUCUCCACCAUCGGCAGGAUCCACCAUGUGAAUGUGGUGAGGCUGGUCGGCUACUGCGCCGAGGGAUCCAAGCGGGCGCUCGUCUACGAGUACAUGCCCAAUGGCUCCCUCGACAGGUUCAUCUUCUCUUCCAAACCAACCACGGCCCGCACUUUUACCUCGGAAAAGCUCAUCGACAUAGCUAUGGGCGUCGCCCGCGGCAUCCACUACUUGCAUCGAGGGUGUGACAUGCAGAUUCUGCACUUCGACAUCAAGCCUCAUAACAUUCUCCUCGACCGCAAUUUCACGCCCAAGAUUUCUGAUUUCGGACUCGCAAAACUGUAUCCAAAGGGCAACAGUCUGGUGUCAGUCAGUGCCGCCAGGGGGACGGUGGGAUACAUAGCUCCCGAGUUGAUCUCCAGGAGCUUUGGAAUCAUAUCGCACAAAUCAGAUGUCUAUAGCUUUGGGAUGCUGCUGAUGGAGAUGGCAGGAAGGAGGAGGAACGUGGAUCCUCGUGCAGAGAAUUCGAGCCAGGUUUACUAUCCUUCGUGGAUAUACGACAAGCUCGCUCGGCAGCAGGAGAUCCAAUUCGACGACACCUUGGAGAUAGAGGAGUUGGAGAAGAAGCUGGCGGUGGUUGGAUUGUGGUGCAUCCAAAUAAAGCCAUCGGAGAGACCGACAAUGGCAAAGGUGUUGGAAAUGCUGGAAGCUGAUGCGAGCAGCCUGCCGAUGCCCCCCAAACCCUUCUUUUCCUCCGUGGAUUCCACUUCAGAAACAAAGACUUGCUUGGUUUCAUCUUCCGCUGAGCUAUCCAUCAUCUCGGAAUGAAAAAUCAUUGUUCAAAAGAGUAGAAAUAAGCAAUUGGAAUGGUGCACUGCAAUAAAGAAUCCGAGAAGAGGCAACAUGCCAUGAAGGUGGAUCAGUCAACGAGUCCUGUUUAGUUCGUCUAAUCUACUUAUGAAGAACUCAGCUUUAGCCUGAAGACUACAAAAAUUAAUGGCCUGUUGUUUAAUAUAGUUAUCAAUGUGGAGAAAUCAUUCUCUCUUCCGAUGUACUAUUUAGUCACGUAACACUGGUAAUUUAGUCGUACUAGUUAGUUCUUCCAGUGCUAUAA